UAGAUUAUUUAAUUCAUCUCUAGUGAUGGUCGGCUGUGUUUAUUUGGAAUUUUUAACAUUUGAGUAAAGUAAAAAUGGCAUUUAGUAAUGAUGUUGGUUCUGAAGGUGAUUGGAGAGAAAAUAUAUCUUCUCAAUUACAAACCCGAAACCGACAGCAGUGCAAAUGUUUUGAAGAUCUUAUAACUUAUCACAAUCAACUAUUUGACACAACGUUAUCGUUGCGGAAUGAAAAUCUACAUCUCAACAUCCAAAUAGAGAAACUGAGACAAGGUAGUCAAUCUCCCGGGGCCCACGGCAGUGGAGGGGACUUCACCAAGAUAUCUGCCUUGGAACACAAGAUUCUUAGUCAGCAAGAGGAGCUGACGGAGCUGCACAAGCGGAGGAGCGAGAACGCUCAGUUGAUCAUUGAUCUCAACAACAAACUGCAGGAGAAAGAAAAACAUAUUUCUAGACUCGAACUUAGUCUCAAUGAAAAUGGCAGAGUUUUGACAAGUUUGAGAGCAGAAAUAGAAAUGUACCAGAAGAGCAACAAAGACCUGGAAGCUUUGAACCAAGUGCUCAGAGAUGAACACCAAGCUCUUCAUCUGAUGUAUACACAUCUUGAAAACAAAUUGAGGACUGUUCAAGAUGAGAACCGGGAGAUUGUGGAUCGGUUAAAGCAGUACAAGUCCAAAGAUGCUGAGAAAAUGAAUGAAGAAAAUGAAAACUUUGUGAGAAAAAAGAACGCCAAGAUGCAGAAGGAGCUGGAGGACGCAGCCAAGGACAUGCGAGGACUUGCGCCUGACUUGUACGCUCACAACAUCGGCCCCGCACUGCUCUGUGCCUCGGUGCCGACCAAGCCUUCAAUCAAAUUUGACGCUCACGAGAGUGAAGUGAGUGCUGUGAGAUGGAGUCCCGUGGACCAUGUAGUGGCGACCGGAGGCGCAGACAGACGAGUCAAACUGUGGGACGUGUCCAAAGGCAUGGCCGAGAGCAAAGGCAUGUUGGUUGGCUGCAACCAAGGCGUCAUGUCGGUGGACUUUGACUCCAACUGUACUCACAUCAUCUGUGCAUCCAACGACUUUGCCUCCAGAGUGUGGACUGUUGCGGACCAACGACUGAGGCACACCCUGACUGGCCACAGUGGCAAGGUGAUGGCAGCCAAGUUCCUCGGGGAGUCUACCAAGGUUGUCACUGGCAGUCACGACCGAACACUCAAGAUAUGGGACCUGCGCAGCAAGCAGUGUACCCAGACCAACUUUGUGGGCUCGAGCUGCAAUGACCUGGUGACCUCUGAUGGCGCUGGCACAACCAUCAUCAGUGGACACUUUGACAAGAGCAUCAGGUUCUGGGACAUGCGCUCUGAAAACUCGGUUAACAAGAUCGAGGUCAACGGAAAAGUUACUUCUCUCGAUCUCUCAAGAGACUCCAAGUACUUGUUGAGCUGUGUCCGAGAUGACACUUUGCGAGUGUUGGACCUCAGGAUGAAUCAGAUCGUUGGCACGUUCAGCCACGAUGGGUUCAAAGUUGGUUGCGAUUGGGCGAGGGCAGUGUUCAGCUCGGAGGGACAGUAUGUAGCCGUGGGUUCUGCUGAUGGCUCAGUCUUCAUCUGGGAGGUCGCUACACAGAAGGUCGAACAAAUACUGAGAGACUGCCACUCGAGUCCAGUAACCGCAGUCGCCUGGCAUCCUUAUGGAAACUCCCUGGCCAGUGUGGACAGGUCAAGACGAGCAGUAGUGUGGUCGGACUAGAGGAACAGCUGAUCGUCAACUAGUAAAGAUGACAAAUCAAAUCAGCUGUUCAAUCAUAAUUACAGCUGACAAACCGGGGACUGGUUUGUCUUAUCAUUCUAUUGUUUCGUACUGGUAAGCUGAAGGAGAAAAUAUUUAAAAACUGUUGAGAAAUGUGUUGCAACAUUGUUACUGUAUGUUUUACACGCAGACAUUACACUUCAUGCGAGAGGUUUCACUGAGCACUUCACAGAUUUUAAUAAUUAUCUUAAUUUAUUUUCAUCCUUAAAACUGAUGAUGUGGACCACAUGGUUGUUAAAUAGCUUAUGGAAGUUUCACAUUUAGAUCUGUAUUGUUCAGUAACAAUAUGUUUUUGUUUAGCUUUUGACUGUUGAAGGAAAUAUUUGUGUGACAGCAAUAUGAGUUGAAACUCAGUAAUUUUUAAUAUUAGGUCUUUAAAGUUUACAUAUUUUAAUUUCAGAUGAAACACUAGUGUGUGUCAUAACAUAAGAACAUCUUGAAAGUCUAAUGAACUAGUGUGCAAAAUAAUUACCUCCAUCACAGUCAACAAAAAAGCCGUCUUCAAAGCAUAAUUAGGUUUUAUCAUAGAUAAAUCAUCUCCCUCAGUAGAUUUCUCAUACUUAUGGAACAGCUGAGGUCGCGGUUUGCUUACAUUUUCUUUCUUGUUAUUUCAGUAAUUUAAAAUCUUGUUUAACCAAAUAAUAUGAUCUAAUCAAAAACAAUAACUCAUCCCCUAGUUAUAUAAUCAAACAGUAAAUCACAAAUCAAGGAACUAACUCUUACAUAAUAGACACAAAAUUUUGUCGACACUAGCGCCCAGUGUCACCGUACAUGAACUAGACAUGAUAAACAAGCUUCAAAAUUUACAAUGGGAUGAAAAGUUUACUUGUGUUGGUUAGUCUAUGGUUUUAUGCCCUUGUCUGAUUGCUGCUGAUGACUAUAGGGAAAAUAAAACUAUAUAGAUUUAGAACACAACUCCACAACUUCAAAAAUAUUUUUAACUUCAUCGUUUUUACUAAAUGAAGGGUCAAAAAUUACAUAGCAUUUAUCAUCACCUCAGUUAUAAAUGUUAUCCCAUUGAAUUAUUUCUGAUAUAUAAUCCACUUCUAAACACUUGUCCAAAUUAAAACACUGAUACUGUGAUAUCACCUAGCGUAGGACUAGUAGGGAAAGAUAAUUUAAGUCUCAGUACUUUCUCAUAAAACUUUGUAACUUAGUAGAAUCAUCACCUUACAUUGCAUAUAUUACUUACUAUUUAGCUUCCUGAAACCUUCAGAACCUUCCAAAACUUUGAAACUAAUUAACAACUCUUCUUUUUAUCUGUAUUCCAUAAAUCUGUUUUUGUAAGAAGUUAAUUUAUCUUUCAUGGUUGAUUACUUUAAAUUGCUUUCGCAUGUACAAAUAGUGAGAUUAACUCAUACAUCUGACAAAAAGGUUUUUUGAUAAAAAAUACAAUCAAAAAUUCUGUUGUAUGACUAUUCAAUUGUGAUGAAUUUUAUUUUUAAAUGUCAUAAAAAGUAAAUGAUAAAAUACUGUGGUUUCUUGCUGAAUUUUACUCUGUUGAUAGAAGGAUAGAAAUAAUGUUAACAUAGCAUCUGCAAAUAAAAUUCCACGAUUCACUUUAAAGGUGCCUUAUAAAAAAUAAGGUAAAUAACCCUUUAUAUUUCAAAAAGUAUUAGUUAAAAGCAGAAAUAAAUAGUUUAAAUACUUAGCUAGGGAGAGUAGUAAGGACAAUAUGAUUAAAAAAAUAGUCCAUUUGAAAUUGGUAUUUGUUUUGUUUUGUAUUAAAAUAUCAAAUUGUUAUUAAAAAAAGCUCAACUGAUCCAAGUAACUUAGGUAGUAAUUUUGUAACUAUGAAUACGUUCUAACUCUUCUUUAAGAUAUCUAAAGGAUAUAUGAUUGAUAUGUUUCAUUCACUCUUGACCUUAUUAUGGUAUACAAUAUACUUGUA